AUGAACGAAUCAAAUGAAUGUGAAACGAAUUUACCAGAAACAUCCGUUCAACCGCCGCCACACCUCCAUUUAGCGUCGCAGUCUUUGUCUUCGAUUAAUACUAUCACCAAUGAGUGUGUGGGCGGAAGGAAACCUGUACACAAAGUUGAACCUGUGUUCAAUAGUGAAGCAAACAAAAUACGUGUAUUUCUUGAAGAUGGAUCUCUUGGUGAAUAUUCUCUCGGAGAAUUAACAACAGCAGAAGAAGUUGUAGGCAAGAUGGCUUUACGGUAUAGUCUAGGUUCUGAUAUGCGUCGAUACCGACUGACAUUGAGUGAAGCACGAGAUGCAUCGUGGCGAUCCAUUCGAUAUAUUCGACCACAAAAGAAAUUAAAAGAGGUUGCUCAAUGGCCAUGCAUAAGUGCUACAACUAUAUGUACAUUACGUGUUGUUAUUGUCCCUUCACAAGCUGAGAUCUUAGCGGAUAUAGAACCGAUUACGUUCACUUAUUUAUAUCGACAGAGUAUCAAUGAUUUUGUUCGGGAACGAGCCGGAAGUGAAAUCAGUGUUGAUAUUGCCGUACAGUUAACAGCGCUUCUUAUUCUUGACGAAGCAUUAUGCACUGGUACUCGAGCGAAUGUACUUGUCAAGCGUUCAUGGUUAUUCAAACAACUAUUACCGCGUUCAUUACUUGAUCAAUUCUCAUUAAAACAAUUGAUCCAUCGUGUACGAGAUCAUCUUCAACAUACUCAUAAUAUCACUCAAAUGAUUGUCGCCAGACAAUUCAUAACAAUAUUUUCGGAAAAUACACGAUCAUUUGCAGGAAAACUAUUCCCUGUGAAAUUUCCCGAUAAACAUCGAGAUUCGAUUUUACUUGUUGGACCGCGGCAUCCAAUCGCCAUCGUUGAUCAAACUCGCCGACUUAAUUCACCUGCUAUUACCUUAGUUUCUGCAUGGUCACAUCUUAGCCGUGUUAUCGUUAAACAAUAUCGAAAUGGUGUUGCUGUUCGUUUGAUAACGACUCCUCGAACGACCACAACACUUGAUGAUGUAUCUCUACUUCAACAAGAAAUCUCCUUUCUCAUUCAUACGAAUCUACUUAAUGAUCUGAUGGCAUUUAUCGAAGGCUAUUCGCAAUUAGAAGCAUCAAAUGUUCCUCUGGCAAUCGAACGAAUAUCUCAUAUAAGCAAAUCGACACCAUAUAUGUCAAAUAGAUCUCAAUCAAUCAAAUCAUCGACUGAGAAUCCAAGUGAAUCAUCAUGUCGAUCACCAUUUGUACAACGAAUAUUAAGCAAUAAGAAAUACCAUCAGACGUAUUCAUUAACAAACCCGAAACCAACACCACCAGCUAGCCCAUCAUUAUUUGAGAUCACGCGACAAUUUUUCACACGAAAUCCGACGAAAGUGAUGGAUGCCGAUGAACACGAAACAGUUUCUAAUGUUCCUAAUCGCACGACACUUGUCACAUGGCGUACCAUAGCUGACACUCAUGCAACCACACCACCACCUGCGCCCGUUCUUUACCGAACCGUUAUCGACGUGAAGAAACCAGGCCAAAUCGCACAAACGAGUGAUGAUGAUGACGAUGAUGAAGCACCAGACGUGAUCGAUCUGACAACAUCGUAUGGUUAUUAUGGUUGUCUUAGUUUUCCUGUUCGACCACCAUCGCCGUUUGCUGAUGGUCUUGUUUGGUCAGAAAUGACAGAACCACGGAACGAAUACGACGAUGGCGACGAAGACGCAGAGGAAGAUACUGGUGGCGUUGUCGUGUGGUCACCAUCAACAAAACAAUUAUCUAUUCACUACAAUUCAAACAAUAACAACAACAAUGUUCCUUCUCCUUCGCCAACAUCAACAUCGUCACGUAUGGGUGGUACAUGGAAACGAACAUUAGAUCGAAUCUUAAGACGCGCAAAAUUAAGGAAAGAUCCAGUUAUGAAAAUGUAUGAUUUUGAUGCAAUGGAAGAUUCAAUGAUGUCACGUCAUCAAAGUAAACAUGUGCAUUGGGUUGAUGACCAUGAGACAAUUUUACAAGCUUGUCAUCGCUUUGUUGAGCAUUUGAAAAUCUUUGUACAAAAUGUUGUGCUCGAUAAAAAUGAAGAAAUUCAUUUGAAAAAUUGUCAAAAGUCUUUAGCGGAGCUGCAUAUGCUCACGGAUUGUUCGGAAUUACAACGAGCAUUCGAAGAAACAAUUCAACUAGCAAGAAAACAACAGAAAACUGAACUGCUUCAACAACAAACUAUCCUGGCCCAUUUAAUCUCUCGUACUGUUCUUCCUUCUUGA